AUGGUUAUGAAGGUCUCUGUCGCCCUCGUGGCUGCUCUUGCUGCCAUGGGCCAUGCUACCCAUGAGGGUCUUCACGCUCGCCGUGCGAACCAGGCCCGUUCCAUCAGCAUUGCCCCUGCACCUGCACCUGAGUCCACUUCCACCGUUCAAGUUUACCCGACUCCUGUCCAGCCUGCUCCUGAGGCCCCAGUCACUCCCUCUGCUGAGCCCUCCGCUGAGCCUUCGGUUGUGCCAUCUGUUGCUCCCUCCAGCGUCGAGACUCCCAGCUCGGUUGCUCCCAUUGCUUCCAGCAGCGUUGCCAGUUCCAGCGUUGCUUCCUCCGUGGCCUCUUCCUCGUCCAGCGUGGUUGCUUCCGUCGCUCCCUCCAGCUCUGUUGAGGCUUCCGUUUCGGCUGGUGCCUCUGCCUCGGACUUCUCGUCUGCUUCUACUGGCAAGCCUCGCAUCACCCGUACUCCCUUCACCUCUCGCCCCACUGGCUACCCCACUGGUCGUCCCUCUGGCUCGUCCUCCGCUUCCGGCAUCCUGAGCAGCUCUGCCUCGGCCCCUGCAGGCACUAACGUUCCUGGGUCUGGCUCCGAGUCUGCCAGCGCUAUCACCGUUACCUACACCGUGGGCUCUGGUGAUUCAACCAGCCUCGUUACCACCACCAUCUACAAGACUGCCACUCAGGACCACACUGUCACUGCUACCGAGUCCGGCGCUGGUGCCGAAGUCACUAAGCCUGGUCAGCAGGGAAAUAAUCAGGCUGACAAGACCAACACUCACACUAACACCCUCCACUCCACCAAGACCGAGACUGUUACCAUUGUCGAGGUUCCUUCCGCCUCCGCCUCCGCUGGUGCUGGCAACGGUGACUCUUGCAACCCCAACCCCGUUACUGUUACCGCUACCGUUACUGAGACCGUGACGGCUGGUGCCGAGACCACUGCUCCUGCUGCCAACAACAACCAGCAGACCGGAUCUAACGGAGAGGGUGCUCAGGACACUCAGGCUGUUGUCCCCAUCCCCGAGACUACAGCUUCCACCAGCAGUGCCCCUUACAGCAGCGGUGCCCACUCCUACAGCCGCACCCGCACCCUCACCCCUUCCUCCAGCGGUUUCGCUACUCGCACUCCCUCUGGAACCCCCAGCGUUAAGCCUUUCCCCACUGCCAGCGGGCACCCCACCCCUCCUAGCGGUACCCCCAGCGGCAAGCCUUACCUUGCCAACUGGCGCCGCAACUUCAUCUAA